AUGAUCACUCAUAAUAAUUCCAUAAAUAACAAUAAUAAUAAUAAUAAUGAUGAUGAUAAUAAAAUAAUUAGAGAAGAUUCACUCCUCAUGUGUUCAUUAGAUUAUAAAAUAGAAAAUGAAAGUAAUAAUAAAGUUAAUAAAAAACAGUUGAAAAAAAAAAAGAAAAAGAAAAAGAAAAAUAAUAAUAAUAAAAUAUAUAGCUCUAAUAUAAGCAUUAUUAAUAUAGAUAAGGAAGAAACCAAAAGUAAUAAUAUAGAUGAUAAUGUAAUAAAUGUAAAUACGAAUAAUUCUAAUAUAAUCAUAGAUAUAAAUAAAAAUAAUAUUGUAGAUAUAGAGGAAUUUCCUAAAAAAGAAGGUGAUAUAUUAUAUAAUACAACAGACGAUAAUUAUGUAAAGACCAAGUAUAUACAACCAUCCUCAUUUAAUAUAAAAGAUAAUCUUGAAGAUAAAAAUAUAUAUGAAUAUGAUAAGUAUGGAAAAGAAAAUAUAUAUAAUGAUAAUGAUGACAUGGAUAAUAAUAAUUAUUAUUAUAAGUAUGAUGAUAUUGUGCAUGAAGAGGUAUUAGAAAUACAUGAUAGUAAAAAAAAAGAACCUAGCGAUGAUACCAAAAAAGAUAAUAUAAUAAAAAGUAAGAAGAAAUUGAAAAAUAAUAAUAAUAAUAAUAAUAAUAAUAAUGAAAAGAUAAAUAACCUGAAAGAUAUAUUUGUGGAUCAACUAAAAAAAAAGAAUCAAAUUUUAACACAGAAAUUAAGAAAUAAAGAAUAUGAAAAAAACAAACUACAAGAAAAGGUUAAAGAUAUUGGCUUAGAAUUAUACAGAUUAAAUAAAGAAAAUGAUGUUUUAAAAAAAAAAGAAAAAGAAUUGGAUGUGUCCUUAGAAUAUAUUUAUGAAGAACAAAAUAAAUAUAAUAACGAAAAUAUAGAAUUGAGCGAUAUAUACAAUUGUGAUAUUUGUAGUUUAAAAAAAGAGAUAACUAAUUUUGCUGAUAUUUAUAAAAAAUAUAAUAAUAAAUUGUUAGAAUUAAAUAAUAUAAAAAAAUAUUCAGAAUACAUCUUGGCAAAUACCAAAGUAGGGCAAAAUAUUAUCUCUUCUAGAGUUCAUAAUAAUGAAACAAAUGAUAUAGCACACAAUAAAAUUAAUAAAAAAGAUAAUUUACUUAAUAAAAUGAAUUAUCAAAUUAAUGAUCUAUUAAAUGAUAUAAAUAUUAAAAAGGAUAUGAUUGUACAUGAAGAAAGACAAAUACAAAAUAAGAAACAAUUAAUACAAGAAGAGAAAAAAAAUUUAUUACACUUCAAAGAUGAGAAAAAUAAAAUUAUGAAUAAACUUAAUAAUUCAUUAUAUCAAAUAAAAAAAAGAGAUGAAGCUAUAAGUAAAAUGAAUACCCAACUAAAUAUUGUAAAAAUUAAUAUUCUAGAAAUGGAAAAAAAAUAUGAAAAUUUAUGUAAAGAAUAUAAUAAUGAACUAGAAAAUAGAGAUAAAUUAUUACAUGAAUUAAAUAUAUUAAGAAAUGAUAUGUCUAAAUUAGACAAGAAAAAAAAUGAAAUACAUAAUAAAUAUAUGAAUCUAUUAAAAGAAAAUCAAGAUAUAAAAAAUAAUAUUAUUAAUGAAAAAGAUUUAUUAUUAUCUCUAAGAAACGAUAUACAUAUCCUAUCUAAAAAUAUAAAAGACAAACAAAAUGAUAUAAAGAUAAUCAAAGAUAAUAUAAAUAAGAAUAUAGAUAAAAUUAUACAUAUGUAUACUGAACAAAUUAAUAUAACUCACUUCUCAUCAAAAUUAAAAAAUGAUGUUGCAUCGCUUAAUGAAAAUAUUACAAAAAAAGAAAAUGAUAAGGAAAAUUAUAAAAAUCAUAUAAUUAGAAUAAAAAUACAGCAUAUGUUACAACGAACUAAGAUGGAAAACAUGAAAAAAAAAGCAGAUAAACUUAAUCAAGAAUAUGAUGAAAAAAAUGAAAUAUUAGAAAAAUAUAAUCAAACCAUAAAAAAAAAUCAUUAUCUUAUUGAAAGUAGACAGAAUGAAGUGGAUAGGUUAAAUGAACAAUAUGAUAAGAAAAAAAAAAAAAAAAUGGGUGACGAGCAAUAUGAUCAUAUAAAGAACAAUAAUAAUAAUAAUAAUAACACGAACAAUAAUAAUAAUAACAACAAUAAUAGUAAUAACAACAAUAAUAAUAAUAACAAUAACAACAAUAAUAAUAAUAAUGAUUGUUCUUUUUUUAUCGUACCUGCUACACUCGAAAUGAAAAUUCAAAAAUUGAAUAAACAGAACCAAGAUAUACAAAAAAGCAGUAGAUUGCUGGAAAAAGAAUGGUUUAUAAAACAAUCCGAAUUAAUAGAUAUACAAAAUGAAAAUAAUAAAAUGAAUGAAGAAAUAUGUAAAUGCAAAGAUCUGUGUCUUAUAUUUGAUCAAAAAAAAAUCGAACUUGAAGAAAAUUAUAAAAAUAUUUUUGAAUUUAUUAAAAAGGUUAAUAAAAAUAUCACAUAUAUCAGAUUACAUUUAGAAAAGUUCGCUUUGAAAAAUAAAGAAACCUUAGAUAAAAUAGAAUAUAUUGAAAAUGAUUUACUUAUAUGGAAAGAGAAUAUUAAUAAUAAAAAUGAAGAACAUAAAAAUAAAAAAGAAUAUUUAACAUCACAAAUUAAUCAUCUAAAAAAAGAAAAAGAAAAUUACCAACAAAAUAUACUAAAUUAUGAAAAUCAAAUACUUUCAUUAGAACAAGAAAUUAUAGAUAAAAAAAAAUUACAACAAAUUGUUAAAGAAUAUUUAGAAAAUAAAGAUAUCAUGCAAUUAAAAAAAGAUAUUACAAAUAAAAAUAAUAUUUUUGAUAAUAUUAAAAAACAGCAAAAUGUUAUUCUGUCUAAUAUUAAAAUAGCUCUGAAUAAAAGAAACGAUUUAGAUAAUAAAAAAGAAUUUUGUCAAAAAAAUUUUGAUAUGGGAAAAAAUAUUUCUUUUAAAAUACAACAUCAAAUUGGUUUAAUAAAAAAAAGUCUUAAAUCACUUAAAAAUAAAAAAGAAAAUUUAACAAAUACUUAUAAUGAAAUCAUUCAAUUAUAUGAUAAUCUAGUAAAAGAUAUACAACAAGAAAAAAAUAAUCUAGAUAACCUAAAUGAAGAUUAUAAUAUAUAUGAAGCUAUAUACCACAUCUUAUCAUUUGAAAAAAAACAUAGAUUCCAAGAAUUAUUGAAAUUUCAAAAUGCACUAAAAUAUGGAUUAAACAAUAAUAGUUUAAAAAAUGCUGAUCAUAAAAAAUAUACGGACAUCAAAAAAAAAUGUGCAACUUAUAAAAAAAAAAUUUCAAAUAUUAAAAAGAUAUUACAACAGAUUGAAAGACCAAAAGAUAAUUAUAUUAAAUUUAUUGGGUAUAUACAAGAAUGGAUAGUUCACUAG